CGACGCUGCUCUAACCGUCGUCCGUCACUCUUAUCUGCUGUCGGUAAGUCAUCUUCAUCCGGACAUCCGUUACGGUGCGCUGUUGUUUGCGCGACUCGAACUGCAGAGGGCCGGGUUUGUUGUGUUGAGUUUUUGCUCUUCUGCUCGGCUGCCUUGCUUUCGGUGCAACGGCUCGAUACAGCGUAUAGUUUAUAUGUUUGUUUAUUGUAAGGAAAAUGUUUAGACCGGCUUUGAACUUGCUGAGGUUGAUGCCAGGGUCGACUGCGACUCUAGUGAAAACGACGCAGAUCAACGAACUCGCGAACCCAGUGUUGCUGUCGCGGUCUCUGCACCUAACCUCCAAUGUCGCCAAGGAGAGGAGAGAUCUAAGAACUUACAGAAUGUCGAUGCCGGGCAAAGACGAGGGCACUGCAGGAGAAAAAUCCGUUGACAUCGAUGGUCUUGGAGUACAAGAGGAUCUUUUCCCCGAUGAGAAUACGCCAAACAGAUUAUUCGAUGGUAUUCCCUACAAAGAGCUGCCUAUAUUUAACAUAAAGGUCACUCCCAACAACACCAUCAUAACUCUCACAGAUUUCAAAGGAGGUGUACACAUAUUGAAAUCGUGCGGUACUGAAGGCUUUAGAACUGCCAGGAAAGGAACUAAUAUUGCGGCACAGACAACUGCUAUUUCUAUAAGCACAAAAGCUCAGUCCAUAGGUGUUAGAACUGCAAGAGUGCGAAUCCGAGGCAUAGGUCCUGGUCGAUUGGCUGCCAUCAAGGGUCUUCAAAUGGGAGGCACUAAUAUCGUAUCCAUCACAGACAACACCCACGUGUCGUGGUGUCCACCCAGACCAAGAAAACAGAGACGUGUCUAAGCAGAGUAAUUGAAAACUAAGUUUAUGAAUAAUUAAGAUUCUCUUCAACGCCAAUGUAAGUGAAAUAAAGGACAGAGUUUAUUACCAGUUAA